AUGUUCCGCUCCUUUGCAAGGCUCGGGGCUCGCGCAGGUCUCUUUACACAGCAUCUUCAUCGUUUCUCUCGCGGCAACGCGACUGAUGCAUCAACGGGGCCUGUCAGACGUCUUCCAAAAUGGGCACAGAAGUAUGCGGAUCGGCUCAAAAGCCAUCCGGCAUCUCACGUCACCUCUUUUUUGGUGUUGCACGAGUUGACGGCCAUCGUGCCAUUGCCCAUUCUCUUUUGGUUCUUUCACAGUUUUGACUGGACUCCAGCAGGAUUACCAACGGACCUCGUUGAGAAGGGCGUGAAAGCAGCAGACAAGCAGCUCAGCAAAUGGGGUUUCAACUAUACAGGCAAUGACGAGUCGCGCUAUGUCUUUGAAGGUGCUGCAGCGUAUGCCGUGGUCAAAAUGCUGCUUCCGCUGAGGGUCGGUUUGAGUCUUUCUCUGACACCUUGGUUUGCUCGACGUAUCGUGGUGCCCAUCACACGGCAAUUCAAGCGGACCAAGCCAGUAGCCAAGGGCCCUGAAGUCUAA